AUGAAUCGGGACGACGACUUGCCCUCCUGUAAAUUGAAUCCAAAACUGCGACGGUUGCUGCGAAAAUGGGAUAUCCAAGUGAUAUCAAAAGCAAAGACAACACUCUUCACCAGUCUGCCGACACAACACGAGAAGGUUGAGGAACUGGAUUGCUCAGAAGUUUAUCGCAUCCAACAGGGCAACUGUGAGCAGAAGUAUAUCGGUGAAAGAGGAAGAAAGAUCCGCUUAAAUAUCAGGAAACACCAAAGACUCUGCCGACACAUGGAUAAGGACAGAUCCGAAAUAGUGGAACAUAUUGUACGGACGGGACACGAAAUCACUGAAAGGCUGGCUACGUAUGGUUAA